AUGCGCGGCGCCGGCGCUACGCACAAGCGCUUCGCCCACGCGGCGGCGCGCGCCGAGGAGCUUCGCGCCGGCGGCUGUGACCAGGACGAUCUCUUUGAGAGGCUGGCGACCGAGGCUCUCGCGCGAAAGGAGGAGGAGCGGAGCAACCGGUGCAGGAGGUGCUGGCACGAUGCGGCAACCAAGUGCAUCUGCUCGCAGCUUGCACCGCUCCGCCUCGCGGUCAACGCUCGCGUUUGCAUUCUCAUGCACCACAAAGAGUUCCUGAGCGCCGGCGACGACGCAAAGCUGCUGACGGCGAUGCUGCCGCCCGAGCAGGCGCGGGUGUUUGUGUACGGCCGCCGCGCCGACUGGGACGCACUGGCGGCCGAGCUCGCCGCCGACCCACAGCACACGAUGCUCCUCUGGCCGGGCGAGGGCGCGCUCACCGUGGGCGAGUUUGUCGAGAGGCGCCUGCCGCAGUCUUCUCCGUGGCGGCGGGUCGCCGCGGGCGGCAGAGGGGAGGCGGAGGGGGAGGCGGAGGCGUCGCGGCCUCUGAUGCGAGUCGUCGUGCUGGACGGCGUCUACAACCACGCGCGCUCCAUGUACGCCUCCGCCUCGGCCGCGACCGUCGCCGCCGGGGCGACGGGCGACGCAGAGGCGCUGCGGGCGCUGCGCGUCUGCACGGUCGAGGCGGCGGCGCUGCUGCUGCAGGAGGUUGGCGAGCCGGAGGCGACGACGCACGCGUUCAUCGCCGCCGUCGUGGCGAACAAUGGCGCGCUGCAGGCGCACAAGCACGACGAGCGGCGCGAGGCCAACCUCCGGCGGAGAGAAGGGCGGCCGCACGAGCCGAGGAGUCACGGUAAGGCCGCGGGGUAG